AUGGCCAAUCCAGGACGAUUGCUCAGGAGGUGCGGGAGUAUUCUCAAGUUGAACGUACUUGGAGUGGGACGGACAACACAAACCCAGUCGGCGGGCUUCAAGCGAUAUUCAGUGGGCCCACUGGUGGCCGUCUCCGGAGCGGCCGGCCUCUGGUGGUUGAUCUCUCACAAUACUGCCCUGGCAGAAGCCCCUCACCAUCCAGAUAUCAAACCCCAGACACGAAAUCAAAUCCACGUCCGCAGCUACGAUAGGCGACUCGUUCCGCAUACGGCCCCAAUAACACCCACCACACCCAUCGCAUACGAGAAUAAGGCUCACGUGGUGGACAUCUAUGCGAAACUGGAACAGGAAUCUUUGGAUCUAGCCCAACUGCCGGUGGAAGAAGCUGUGCUGACCAGUGCACCGAAUGUACCUCCCUCAAUCGCCCGUAAUUAUCCCGUGAUUCUAAAGGUGAAUUUGACUACAACCAUCCGAAAAGCCCAAUUGACAGGCGCAUACAAGUACGAACAGUGGACGUUCAACAAUCAGGUUCCAGGACCUUUUAUCCGCGCACGCGUAGGCGAUGUCGUGGAAGUGGCACUGACGAACAAGGAUGAAAGCGGAAUGCCACAUAACAUCGACUGCCACGCUUUUCUGGGGCCCGGAGGCGGGUCGGCAGUGACGACGGCCGAGGAAAACCAGACCAAGACAGCGAGAUUCAAGCUCCUCUGUCCCGGACUCUUCGUCUACCAUUGCGCGGCCGCACCGGUGCCUGUCCAUAUCGCCAAUGGAAUGUAUGGACUGAUGUAUGUUCAGCCGGCAGAGCGCGAUCUUCCGCCUGUGGAUAAAGAGUACUAUGUGAUGCAGAGUGAGUGGUACCACGAGCCGCCCGAGGUGGACGACAACGGCAAAAAAUCAUCUCAGGUUGAAUUUUCGUAUCCCAACUCCCUGCGUGAAGAGCCGGAUGUCGUCGUCUUUAACGGGAGUGAGUCGGCCAUGACCCGAGAAAAGCCACUGAAAGCGAACGUUAACGAUACGGUGCGCAUCUUCUUUGGGAACGCUGGACCCAAUUUGACGAGUGCGUUCCAUGUGAUUGGGGGCAACUUCAGGCGGGCCUAUCGAGACGGCGAUGUUGUGAGCCCGCCAGGGCAAUUUGUCUCGACUUUGAGUGUUCCCCCGGGCGGAGCCACCAUUGUGGACAUGCAUAUGCUUGUGCCUGGUACUAUGACCUUGGUCGACCAUGCCAUUUUCCGUCUGGACAAGGGCGGCGUCGGCUACUUGAAUGUAUCGGGGAAGUCAAGACCUGACGUCUACCAGAGCGUGCAACCUCCUGCGCCGUGUGUCGGGUGCAAGUUACAUGCCUGA